CCUUAACCGCUACACGGUUAAGAACAACUACCCCAUGCCUCGUUCCGAUGAGCUGUUCGACCGCCUAGCAGGCAACCGCUUCUUUACGAAGAUUGAUCUUCRUAGCGGUUACCAUCAGAUCCGCGUCGCUGCAACCGACCAGUCGAAGACCGCGUUCCGCUCGCGAUUCGGCCACUACGAGUUCACAGUGAUGCCAUUCGGCCUCACCAACGCACCCGCUACCUUCCAGAGGGCGAUGAACGACAUCUUCAGGGACAUCCUGGAGCAGUACGUUCUCGUCUACCUCGACGAUAUCCUGGUCUAUAGUCGUACCCUUGAGGAGCACCUCAGACACCUCCGCGACGUCCUUGAUCGCUUGUGCAGACAUGGCUUCUACGCCAAGCUAAGCAAGUGUCGCUUUGCCCAACACAAAGUAGAUUUCUUAGGACACUACGUGUCUGACCAGGGUCUCCAYAUGGACGACGCGAAGAUCACUGCUAUUGCGGAGUGGCCCGCUCCCACAUCCGCCAAGCAGCUUCGCAGCUUCCUAGGCCUGACCAGCUACCAUAGUAACUUCAUCCGGGGAAACGCUAGGUAUUCCUACGUCCUUACCUCCACCGUCCUCCGGAAGAACCCACCCUGGGCUUGGACACCCCUCCACGAGGACGCCUUCCGCGCCCUCAAGAAGGCGGUGACAUGCGCACCGGUUCUUCACCUACCCGAUUUUGACCGCCCUUUUAUCCUUACCACCGACGCGUCAGACUUCGCUGUAGGAGCAGUGCUUUCUCAGGUCUUCCCUUCAUCUCUUGAUUCCUCUCAUCCUCGUAUCCCUCGCUUCCCACCACCUACCCCUACCACUGCUUCCCGACUGACGCCUACUCGUCCAGCUACUGACGAGCCUUCUAUUGAUUAUUCUCCUACCAUUGCCGAGGACGACACUAUCAAGUCUCGCUCAGGUGAUUGUCCGAUAGCCUUCUACUCCCGUCAGCUCCUGCCCGCCGAGAUAAACUACACUGUUGAUGAACGUGAGUUUCUCACAGUAGUUUAUGCCGCUCGGCAUUGGCGUCACUACCUGCACGGGGCACCAUUCACGGUGCGCACGGACAACUCUGUUGUCCAGGCUUUUCUGACAAAGCCAAAGCUCACUCCUCGACAGGCUCGCUGGUGGCGCGACCUAUCCGAGUUUAGUUUCACCAUUGAGCACAUAAAGGGUGAGACUAAUCGGGUCGCAGAUGCCCUAUCCCGUCGCCCUGACCACGACCAGGAGCACAUCCAGCUCUCUUCCAUCUCGGUCACCAACGUCCACCACUCGGUGAUCGACGAGUUUCGCACUCAGUACCGCCACUGCCCGGACUAUCGCGACAUCCACGCGACCCUUCGGAGUGGCAAGACCGUCCCGAACUACUCUCUCGGGGACAACAGUCUUGUGUACUGGCACGGUUCACAGGGCACCACAGAGCCCCGUAUUUGCGUUCCCUCCACUGGACAGCUACGUGUCCGAGCAGUAGCAGAGUUCCAUGACCAGGCAGCUGCCGGUCAUAUGGGCUUCCACAAGACGUUGGCUCGUGUGAGCCGCCUGUACGUCUGGCCGAAGCGUAAGGACUUUGUGAAGGACUAUGUCGCAGAGUAUCCCACCUGUCAGGAGGUGAAUAGUGCGAACCACCUACCUUAUGGUUUGCUCCAGCCUCUUCCUAUCCCUCAGGGUCGUUGGCAGUCCAUCUCGAUGGACUUUAUUGGUCCUCUUCGACCUCCGACCCCCCGCGGUCAUGAUGCUAUCCUGGUCGUCGUCGACCGCUUCACGAAGAGCGCACGCAUUGUUCUGUGCCGCUAUGCCAUCAGUGCACGUGAGGUCGCCGACAUCGUAUUUGACCGAGUCGUGCGUGACCACGGCUUACCUCUGAGCAUCAUAUCUGACCCUUUUUCUCAGCGUUCCCCAAGUUUCUCAGCUUUCCUCAGGCGCUCCCGGGGCUCCAGAGGGCAAGAGGAGGAGAGAGAGGAAGAGCGAAUGCGUACAGAUCGAGGAGGGUGGGUGGGAAGGGGAAUGGCAGGACGCUAUGGAUUUGGAUUUGCGGUUAGGAGGCCUGAAGUUGACGAGAACGUCGAGAACAGCUGUUCCUACGAGAGAACCUAUGUGAACUGUCUUCCACAGUCUGCUCAAUUUUCAUACGUUGAGUCGUUAAUAUACAGUCUUGCAGAUGUUAAGUCAACACAUCAUAACAGGGCUGCUGCUUAUUGUCGUUGGGUACUUGCUGCUGGAUGGAAGAACGCCUGCCAUCCCUGAUGAAGGUUUCCAGCCUGUUCAUUGCAAGAAGAAGAAUCCGUUCGACUGUCCUGGCGCAUGCAGCGGUCGUGGAGUAUGCGUUGGAACAACCUGCAAGUGCGCUGAUGGCUAUCUUGGCGAAGACUGCUCUCAAGGUCAGUCUCCGUGAGUGGACAACUGUGAAGCAGAGAGACAAAGAGUUAGUGUUAACAACACCAGUAACAGCUGUUGCGCUAAAAUGGGCUUUUUUUUUUUUUCCUUAACCGAAAUUGAAACCUACUUAUUUUACUCUGAAAAUGUCACUGUUUUAGCUUCUGAGGGUCCGUGUGGACUUAUCUGAAGUCCAGAUACAUGUCCAAGGCGGCCCGGUGUUUUCAGAUGGUGACAUUCUUAGAGCCAAAUAAGGAAGUUUCAAUUUCGUUAAAAAAAUAUGAAAUUUCCGUUUUAAUGAAAUGGCUGUUCAUAC